CCUUGGAACUUGACUCGAAACGUGGAAAGUGUAAUAUUUUAAUAGGAUUGUUUCCUAAUUUGCUUAUAAUGGCUGGUGCAACAAGACAUCUUUAUAAGUUUAUUGAUAUUGGAGCCAACUUGACAGAUCCAGUAUUCAGAGGAGUUUACCAUGGGUCCAAGAAGCAUGAAGAUGACUUCAAGGAUGUACUGCAGAGGGCCUUCGAUGGUGGCUUGCAGAAGAUCAUGAUCACAGGUGGCUCUCUGAAGGAUGCAGCUGAAGCCCUAGAGCUGGCCAAGACAAAUGAUAACCUGUACAGCACAGUGGGGUGUCAUCCAACUAGGUGUAAGGAGUUUGAGAAGAGUGGUGACCCCGACAAGUACCUUGCUGACCUCAUGGAGAUGAUCUCACAGAACAGGAACAAGGUGGUGGCAGUUGGGGAGUGUGGACUAGAUUUUGACAGAUUACAGUUUUGCCCCAGAGAGACACAGCUCAAGUAUUUUGAGAAGCAGUUUGACAUCACUGAAGCAAUCCAUUUGCCAAUGUUUCUGCACUGUCGCAACUCAAGCACAGAAUUCCUAGACAUCAUCAGCAGAAAUAGGGACAGGUUCAAAGGGGGAGUGGUGCACUCCUUCACAGGGACGAAGGAGGAGGUGGCUGCAAUGCUGGACCAGGGCCUGUAUAUAGGAAUCAAUGGCUGCUCUUUGAAAACACAAGAAAACAUUGAAGCAAUGUGUACCGUCCCAACAGAGCGCCUGAUGAUAGAAACAGAUGCCCCUUGGUGUGAUGUGAGGCCGACACAUGCAGGUUUCAAGUACGUUAAGACGUCCUUCCUCAAGAAGAAAGAGAGGUGGGAGAAGGGAUCCUGUAUCAAGGGCAGGAAUGAACCAGCAUGUAUAAUACAAGUGCUGGAAGUGAUGGCAGGAGCAAGAAAUGAGGACAUCGGGCAGCUAGCAGAGACCAUGUAUGAAAACACCCAGAAACUGUUCUUCCCCGAUCACAGCUGAUCACAGCAGGACUGUUGCAGCCAAUCUGUGAUAUUAACAGGAUACUCCCAGCUACACAGACCAGCCCUGUGUGUAGUGACAUUUCAGGACUAAGGAAUAUUUAUUGAAAGCUUUAGGAGUGAACUGGGUUUUUUGCCUGAAUUGUUGACAAGUCUUUGAGGUUGACUGAAAGGUGUUUCAGUCUUUUUGUCAUCCAAGUGGGUAACAAGAUGACAUAUUCCGGUAAAGUUGCUUUGCUGAAUUUAUGUUGUCGAUGUCAACAGUAACUACAAAAGUUGAUUUUUCCCCAACAAAAAGUGAAGAAAUAGACUGUAAUAUGGAAAAUGUCUUUUAUUUUCAACAUUUAUACAAACACAAAAUAAAAUAUAAUUGCAUCAAA